AUGAGCGGCAAUUCUGCAAGGGAGAACGAUGACCAUUUCCGUGGACAUCGGAAGAGAGGAAGACAGGAAAUGAGGAAGAUUAAAAGAACUACUGCCAGAAGAACUGAGGAUGUGGAUACGAAUGAAGUAGACCACGUGGUGGAAGAAUUAGUCGAGAGAAAAGAUGAAGGUACAGUUUCUGAUGCUGGAAGCGAAUCUGAUCUUGACAUCGGGGAUGAAGAAGAGAAGCAGGAAAAGGUUUAUGACGCCUUGCUGACUAUUCUAAAGUCUGAACACCCUGAGCCAAAGAGAAAAAAGACAAAGGCUGGCGAGAACAACGAAACUACUGACCAGUCCGGCGGGAAUGAGAAUACAGGCUCUGAACCAGUCGACGACCAGCUAGAGAUAGAGAAUGGCCUUUUAAGUGAUCAAGAAGAUGAUAGCGACGAUAACGGGAACGAAAACGAGCUGGAUGAAGUGGAUAGUGAGGACGAGCAAGAUCCCUUUGAGUCACAUUUCAAUCAAGUUUCAGAGAAGUACGUUGACGACGUGUCUAAUGCUUUUAAGGCCAAAAACAUAAGGUACAAAUCCGUCAAAUCUCCUCUAGGUGAUGAUGAAUCGUACAUAUAUUCCAAGCCAGUAGUAAAUGGUGACGAGACCCCUGUUGAACGCCUAUACAAGUCGUCUUCCAUAUAUUCGUAUUUUUUGAAACAAAGACUGAAAAUCCAAAAUGGGCUACUGGACAAGAAAAUCGACCCAUUGACUUCUUUACAGAAAAAAUUAGUAGACCCUAUGUUUCAGUACAAAGACAUACUAUACGAAUACGAUUCCUACGAAAAGGAUGAAGACGAGUAUAGAGAUCUGUACACCUUACAUGCAUUGAACCAUAUUUACAAGACAAGAGAUAGAAUCUUGAAAAAUAAUCAAAGAUUGCAAGAUAACCCAGACACUGAGCAUUUAGACCAAGGUUUCACGAGGCCAAAGGUGUUGAUUGUGGUUCCCACUAGAGAUGCAGCAUAUCGUGUCGUGGAUAAGAUUAUUAAAAAAUCCGGUAUAGAUCAAGUCGAUAAGAAGGGGAAGUUUUACGAUCAAUUUCGUGAUGAUUCUUUACCGCCAAACUCUAAACCAAAAUCUUUUCAACAUAUCUUCAGAGGGAAUACCAGUGAUUUUUUUGUUGUUGGUCUUAAGUUCACAAGAAAGGCUAUAAAGCUUUAUAGUAACUUCUAUCAAUCUGAUAUCAUCGUAUGCUCGCCAUUGGGUAUUCAAAUGAUCUUGGAAAAUACGGAUAAAAAGAAAAGACAGGAUGAUUUCUUGUCCUCCAUAGAAUUAAUGGUCAUUGAUCAAUUGCAUUCUAUAGAAUACCAGAACAUAUCUCACAUUUUCACCAUAUUCGAUCAUAUAAACAAAAUUCCUGAUCAGCAACACGAAGCUGACUUUAGUAGAAUUCGGAUGUGGUAUAUCAAUGAACAAGCUAAACUAUUAAGACAAACAAUGGUGUUUACCAAAUACAUUUCACCAGCGGCAAAUUCAUUGAUUAAUGGGAGAUGCCGUAACUUGGCUGGUAGGUGGAAAAACCACAAAGUAAUAGAACCAGAAACCUCCAGUAUCGGACAAUUGGGUUUGAAGAUUAGACAAAUCUUCCAAAGAUUUGACAUUAUCGGAAACUCAAUUAUUGAAGAACCCGAUUAUAGAUUCAAGUUCUUCACAAGUGUUAUUAUUCCCAGUAUUGUCAAAUCUACGGGCUAUGAAGAUGGUAUACUGAUUUAUAUUCCUGAUUAUACAGACUUUAUCCGUAUUAGAAACUACAUGAAGGAAAAGACGACGAUUCUGUUUGGCGAUAUAAAUGAGUAUUCUAGUCAAAAACAACUCAAUGCUAACAGAUCACUAUUUCAACAAGGCCGCGUGAAAGUUCUGUUAUAUACAGAGAGACUGCACCAUUAUAGACGUUAUGAAAUCAAAGGUGUGAAAAACGUUAUAUUUUAUAAGCCACCAAAUAAUCCAGAGUUUUACAAUGAAACUGUCAGAUAUAUUGGUAAGAAUGCCUUUUUGGGUAACACUGAUUUGAAUAUAUCCACUGUUAGGUGUGUUUACAGUAAAUUAGACGGUCUUUCACUGGAAAGAAUUGUGGGUACUAAAAGAGCAGGUGUAUUAUCACAUGCUCAAAAGGAAGUAUAUGAAUUCAAGUAA